AUGCACCGAGAAAGAUCGUCGGUAGGAAAGCUCUGUUAUGCACCAACGACGGCCCCUUCUCUUUACCUUUCCCGUGCCCUACCUCAUUCCUUUGCUGGCUUGAAUUCCAUCUCUUUUCUUCUUUGUUUGCGAGAGUUACUCAUAGGACGACCCACCGGUAGACCAAGACUUGAACGGAUAGAAUCGUACUACCGCUGUCGAUGCCGGUGCUGCUUGCCGACGGCCCUUCGCUUACUUCUCUGGAGUCAACGAUGCCGCUUUUUCCGUCACGGAAACUGCUCGCUGUGCCCGGGUCAAGGAGAUUCGAUUUGCUUGGUUGGGUUCUUUGCUUGCUUAUUCCACUUCUUAAUCAUCCUUCAUUUCACUAAUUCGUAUUAA